AUGCCAGCCUUUCUCAACAAAGUCUUCAAGAGGGACAACGCUGCCGCUAUUAGAAAGGCUGAAGCAGAAGCUGCUGCUGCGGCAAAGCCUGACGAAGUCAAGUACGCGGACGCGUGGUUCCGAACCUCUGUAACCCCGGAAGAAGUCCAAGAGCUUCUGAGGGGAUGUACGAACGAAAUCAAGCAUAGAGGGCUGUCCACACCUUUCCUACUAUUACCAUUUAGACCAAAUUCAGAUCCUAGCGCCGCGCGAACCUUCAUCCGCAACUUCUUUGACCCGGCGACCGGGCCGUUGCGCGGAGAGCAUCUGCAGCAAGAGCUCAGAUUGACCGAACCUGUGGUACUAUGCAGCACGUUGAAAUGGUGCUGGAGUCGACUUCCCGGCGGUGUGGUAACGUGGGAUGUCUACGAGCUUUUCCGUCAAGGGGAAAUCGAGUCUGGCAUGGCCCGUGACUCGUUUGCGACCUUUAUCCCUAUCAGUGCCGAGUCAGAGGCUAGAUCAAAGAUCAUUUUCGACUUUUUCGACCUAAUCUCUGCCAUUGCCGCCCAUGGAAAACAUAAUGGGCUGGGUGGUUUGAAGUUGUCAAGGCUCGCCGGAUGGUGGGCUUUUGAGCACAGCGACGGUGGUUGGGGUUUUGAGGGCGGAUAUGCAUCGUGGUCAAGGGGUGCAGAUGCCACGGCACAUAUGUUUUUUGCAUAUCUUCGCUCGCUUUCACCCGCUGAAGGCACAAAGGGUGUCUCUGUUUUACCAAUUUCGUUGAAGGCCCUCCUUGCUUCCGUGGACUACCCGCCUACUGCGCCAUCCCAGCUCCAGUCACCAUCAGUACGGGUUGUCGUAACAGUUGACAACGUCUCGCCUACUCCAUUUGCCCUUCUACGACGUGCCAAAAACUUUCAAUAUGACCCAAGGGAAAAGGCUCUACAGAUAUUCAGGGAAUAUGAUGAUCCCGUACAAGGUCUUACUGAUGAAUGCAAGCGUGUCAUGAAAUGUAUUUCUUCUACAAAUCAAUCUUCUGCCGGGCCUUUCAAAACCUCAACUGGUCUUCAGGAGCAGUCCUGGUCAAGAUUCCAAGAUAUGGGAUUCUCUGGGCUGUUGGAAGAACAGGGGAGCGAUUCUGAAGGUGACGUUGAUGGAUUGUCAAUGCGCGGGUCAGAUACAUACCGUAGAAGAAGAGCUUCAACACAGCCUGCUACACCGCGUGGUGAUAUGGAUCUGAUAGACCUUGCACGCCCGCAAACCCCGUCAUGGGCAGAUUUCAUGCAAAGUGGGUUUGGAGAACGUGAUCAGGGAAACAACGGUCCUAGACCUCUGUUAUUGCCCCCGGACAAGGUUUUGCCUCCCAUUGACACCGAUUCUCGGGUUAAGACUUCGGCAUCUCACAGAAGAAUCGAUGAAUCGAUGGAUCCUGGUGAACUGUCAACAGUGGCUCCCAUGAAUAUGGAUGAUGCAUUUUGGUGGGUCUGGAUGUCAAGUUUGGCAGGCGAGGAACCAACACAGCGUAAGGCUGUGUUUGGAAGGUGUGCCUUGAUUGAAACUGCCAUCGAAGAUGGAAGAUGGUUGAUUGUUGAAGAAAAAGUAAGAGGUGCUGCAGUAAAGCCCGACGACGCGCUACUACCAAAAGAUAAAAAGAAAUCCAUGAGAAGUAUGUUGAGUAGAAGGAAAUCAGUAGGCAAUGCUAGUAUGCCUAUCGAGCUUCCAAUGAAAUUUGACCCUUCAAACCCUCCUCCUAUGCAAAGGACAAGAAUUGCGCCAGACCAGACGGCCAAAAUCCAGCAGGCAGCGCAAUCUCUCAAACAGCAACAGAACCAGGCUGAGAAGAGUCAUCUAAGGUCGACUCCUGGCGGUCAAAGGUCCGCUGGCCAGAAGACAAACAGUGUCUUUACUUUACAGCCCGUAAUUGUGUCCGAGGCUACGCCAGCGAUGAAAUGGGCAAGCAAGUACGAUCGCGAUGCUAUUAGAGAUGCAUAUCUCAACGGUCUUCCUCUGCCUGAUACCAAUACAGCUUCGCGCCCUCUUACAGAAAGAUCACUGCCAGCUCUACCUACAGAUGAAGAUGACGAUGAUGAGAGAGAGGAAGAACCACCGCGUCGGCAAAGGCCUGUGAGCAUGCUACCGCCGCCCAAGGACAGGCCAGAGCCCAUUAGCAAAACUGAGCCUGUCACCAAGUCCCCGAGCAAGCCUGUGCCUAUCAGCAAAGUCACAGCUCUUCCAUCUCCAAAUUCUGGUCCUUUGAACCAUCCUGCUUUGAGCCUUCCGUCGCCCACUACAAACGGAUAUUCGUCUCCAGCACUACAGAGUCCUCCCCUUCCCUCGCCAAAGUCCAGAACAUCUACCAGCUCUACCCCAGAAAAGAUCAGGAAAGUCAACCGAUUCAAAUCUUUCUUCAGCAGUAAGAAAACUGAAACUACCGCUACACCGCUCGCCGAGACUCCAAGCACCGCCAGUCUCACUGUUAAAAACACACUUCCCAGCAGGACGCCAUCUCUAUCUAAGAGGAACGGCCCGAUCAAGUUCCAGGCUGCCGUUUCUGCAUCCACUAUGACCCCAAACAAUGACCCCCGCCCCAGGCUUCACGACAGAGAAUCACCAAACCCGGGCCCCGAGGAAGUGCGUGCAGCGACACAAGUAUUUUCAUCUUUUGAUCAAGGCCCACUUACAGACCAGCCUGCAUUCAUUCAAGAUGACUCUACCGACAGCUCUCUGCACCACUCGCCCGUCGAGGAGCACAUGCCGGUAGCUCACGAACCUGUUCAUGAGCCUGUACACGAGCCUGUACACGAGGCCGUGCAUGAGCCUGUUUAUGUGAACGAAAAGAUUUCCGAGGAGCAUAGCCCAGUCUCCCCUGUUGAGCCCGUCCCUGUGCAGGACAGAUGGGCACAGAUUAGGAAGAACGCCGCCGAGCGGGCGAAGGUUCCUGUCCAGACCGAGGAGUUCUCUGAUGCCAGAGGAAGCCAGGAUGAUGAUGAGACCAGUGGAGAGGAAACCAUUGAGUCCAGAGUUGCCAGAAUCAAGGCUCGCGUUGCUGAGAUGACUGGUAACAUGGAGCCCAGCAGGGCUUAA